UAGUGUCUCUUCUUCGACAAAUUAUUGGUGGGGAUUUCGGUGAGGGUAAUUUAUGGCUGUGCUCUGAGAUGGUUGGUAUUUUACUGAACAAAUGGGAGAGUUUAGUAGAAGAAGAUCCCUUGGUUUUGACAUAUGGGUUGUAUGUGUUUCUUAGGUUAUUAGCUGAUCAUGGUAGGUUAUCUAAUGAUCCAAGACUAAAAACAUUAAUGAGAUUGGAGACAGAGUUUUGUAUUAGGGUUUUGAGGGAACACUUUGGUCUGUGUUUAAGAAUAGGGAAGGAUCUUGUGAGGCUUUUACAAGAUUUGGUCCACAUAGCUGAGUUCAAGUCCAUAUGGAAAGACUUGUUGUUCAAUCCAGGAGAGUUUAAAGUAAAUGAUUUUAAGUCCAUAGCUCAAAUUUAUGGUUUUAGGACUCCAAGUUUGUACUUUUCACUUAGAAUAACACCCGAGAUGGAAAGAAACUUGAGAUUUUUGCUCACAAAAGUGAAGCUUGGCAACCAAAGGAGGUAUCAGGUCUGGUUUGCUAAAAAGUUUCUUUCUUCGCCUGACAGGGAGACUCUUUUGGUAGACAUUGUGAGGUUUAUCUGUUGCACAUGCCGUUCUUCAAGCGA